ACAUGAAAUGAUUCAAUUGCACUCAAACUCAAUCCCUUUUUCUUACCAUUUUCCAAGUUCCUUUCUUCACCUAACCCUGCUACUCUUCUUACCCUUCUGUUCACAUUCACAUUCACAUUCAUAUAUAAAUUAAAUAUUAAUAAUGCUCUUUCUUACAACACCACCCACAUCCAUAAGCAGUAAAGCACUUACCUUCAACGCGGUGUGGAUGGAUUCUAACAUGCCCAGACUUUAAUUUCUUUCCAUAAGUUAGUAUUUUGAGCGUGGGAUGCAUGGGUUACUAGGAGUUUCCUUUCAGGUUUGGAAAUACAAAUUCAGUGGAAGGGAUUGAUUUUGGUGUGAUGGAUCAGGCAAGAAGUGAAGACAGUGCUGAGGUGUUGGAUAAUGUAGUUGGAGAAGGAGUUGCAACUGAUGCAGGAGAUGGUAGUGAAUUGGUUGAGAGAGAUGAUGUAGUUGGAGAAAAUGGAACUUCAGAUCUGGGUUUGAAUACGGAGCUAGAGGAGGAGGAGGAGACUCGAGUGGUUAAGGAUCAGGAAACAGCUGAGUUGCAAAAAAUCAGUGAUACAUUGUGUGGGGUUGAGCAAGGAACUAGUUAUAGCUCAAGAAAUUUGGUCAGUAGGGAGGAUGUACUUGAGACCUGUGUUGUAAUAGAUCCUCCUGCUCAGAUCGAGCAUGUCCAGGGAAAAUCGAAAGCAAAAGCCAAUGAAUCAGGGUUGAGCAAGCUAGCCAUGAAAGCACCAAAGGCAGUGUCUGAGACAGAUAAAAAUUCAUGUGCAAUUGAUAUAAACAAAGAGUUUAGUGAGAACUUGGAAGGUGAAAUGAUUUGUAGAAUUUGUCAUCUGGCAUCAGGGCAACCAAUAGAAGCAAUGAUGGUUGGGACUGCUAACAAUGAAACUAGUACAGAUUUGAUUCAACUUGGUUGUGCAUGUAAGGAUGAGCUAGGCAUUGCACACAGUCAUUGUGCUGAGGCAUGGUUCAAGCUUAAAGGAAACAGGUUGUGUGAAAUAUGUGGUGAGACUGCAAAAAAUGUUUCAGAAUCACAGGUUAUCAAUCAUUCAUUUAUGGAAGAGUGGAACGAAAGUAGGUUCAUCGACGGUGGUAAUAGUACCUCAACCGGCUUCUUUGGAAGAUGUUGGCGUGGACAGCCAUUCUGUAACUUUUUGAUGGCAUGCUUGGUAAUAGCUUUCGUUCUACCAUGGUUCUUCCGUGUAAAUAUGUUCUAGAAAGAGAGUUAGACACUGUGAUGAGUUCUUCAUUGUUUCCGGCACACAUACUUCGGAAGGGGUGUUAACCUUGUCCAAAUUUCCAUAUCUCAAGGUUUGUGCCUUGAAGCUUCAAUGUACAAAAAAUGUUACCAGCUAGGGAACUCACUGCCAAAUGGUUUCAUUACAUGACAUUCCACGGAUUUGAGUGUGUCUUCUCUUCUGAGAUAUAUACAUUGUUCAUACAGCGAGAUUACUUUAAGGGAUCCAAAAAAGAAAGAGUAAAAAAGUUAUUUGUGGUGGUUUAGAUGUUGUGUUAGAAUUCAGUACCUAAUUUGUUGAAAAAAAAAAAAAACAGUAAUACCUUCUUCUCUUGGUUCCUUUAUUUUAAUCUAUGUUUUAGAAUGUUGGCAUGUCUGCCAAAGUUGAAAGAGAACCUAGUAUCAUUUAGCCAAUAUUUUUAGCCAUAUCUCAAAAAGUGUGUAUACUUGACAUAUCUCAA